UUUACUUUUAUAGUGUUUUCAUCAAAAGUUUUUAUAAUGCAUGUAUGGUUUAAUAAACCUUUUGUAUAAAGAAGUAGCCUAUUCUUGUCUAUAUAUGAUUUAUUCAUUUUUUUUAUUUAAUUUUUGAAAAUUUACUUGUGAGGUGAUUCUAAUUCAUGUGAAUUUUUAUUCAAUUUAUACAUUUAUACAUUUGCUUAAAAUUGUAGGACAAAUGUGGGAUUCUGAAUAUUAAUUCGAUAUUGGCGUUUCUACUUUGUUUAGUGUUCUCCCUAGAGAAGAUGUAUGGGAUAUGAGCAACAGUUAGGCAUUUAUUUAUUAUUUCGUUGUCAUUCCAAUAGGUAAGAACUAAUAAACAACUUUGAGACAGGUAAAAAUGCAAUUCGAAAUGUUUUGGUUGCUUCAAUUUAUAGUUAAAGCUUAUUGUCCCGGCAAAAGUCCCGGCCAUAUGGGCCGGAAUUCCUGACCGAUUCCCAGCGCUUUUCGUUCUGCGUUUUGUUUGUUUCCUUCGUUUUUUGUGACUUUUUGCACGCAGCUGCUGCGCACAGCGAAAAGGGGCUGGGAAAUGUGAUUAAAGACUUCCGCCGCGGGCUGCAUUUUGGGAAAUCGUCUUCCAGCAGUCGCCACUUGGAAAUUGAAAUCAAAGACAUAUUGAACAACGAUAGAAACCAUCCGAACAAUCUACAUUUUAAAAUAAACGUAGGUGCGAGGCACAUCACUCGCUCGAAAAGUCAAUGAAGCGUUUGCGCAGACAGCGAACGCGAACACAAAAGAAAAUGCACGAUGCUGCUCCCUUUGGCCGCAAACUUACACUUUUACGAGUUUUACGCGUUUGGCUAAAGCUUCGAUUGCUGCUAGCACUUCAGGGAUGGCAAUUAAGUGACAGGGUUGCACAGUCGAACAUCAGCGUUUUGGCAUUCUUUUGCCCGCUAAAAGCCAGGGCUACAAGAACUUGCGCGUUCGUCUUUCAAUAG